UUGCGUGCUCGGCGUGCGGUCUACUUUCCGGCGUAUCUCGAAUGUUGCUAUGGAAUGUGUUAAUAUUUGAUGCUAUUUUUCGGUAGUCGUUUUCUGAUGCUUGGGAAAUUGUUUGACAGUGAAGAAAGAAUAAGAUGUCAAAUUUGAAAAUUUGUGGUGGAAAAACUUUAAAACUUCCAAAAACAUUGUGAACAUCGUGAAUCAAAGCAUUAAACUAAAGAGUAUGGUGGGGAAGUGAAAGAAAUGUGGACAAACAAAAAAUCUUUCAAGAUAAACGUACGGCACGGCUUAUCAACGCUUCGGGAGAUUUCAGCUAUAGCGAAGCGAGUAAACGCGUGAAUUGGUUCCAAGUUGUGAAUGAUUUUUGCUGUUUCAGACGAAAGAACUAAGGUGUUUUACACUGUAUAAAAUUGUUUCCAGUGUUACUAAAUGAUGGCAUAAAACUGGGCACAAGUUUCUCAAAAGUGACAAAAUAUUAAAAGUAAUUGAUUGUCGUCUGAUUUACCAAUACGAGGAAAUGAUCUGUUUAGUGUGAAAAAAUCAUUGAUUGAAUCUGGGACAACACAAACUCAAUUAUUUCCAUCGCAUCGGAUUUCAUUGGGCGAACUCAGUUGCAUUGGAUGUUGUUGACUGACUGACUAUGAUUCAUCGGAAAUCUUUGCAACACUCGUGAAGUGUCAGAUUAGUGCAAUUGAGGAGGUGUGAGUUUCCCGUACUGUGAUGACCUUUGAUGAUGCGUUGAGUGAAGGUAAUCAAUCAUCCCUGAGGCCGAGUGAAAAUGCAUCCCAGGAAAACAAUCCAUCGCGUUCGUCAGUCCCCAACGGCGUUCCGGUAAACCAUUCUUCCCUGCUGUUCAACAAGCAACAGACACUGACACCAUCCGCUCUGGUCGGAUCAACUCCGAGGCCGGCUUAUCUGUACUAUCGUUCGGACGAUUCCGGCAUCGCAGCGGCUGGUAGUCAGUGUGACCGGCAGCCCUCGAACCCGUCUCAGUCACUGAUCCGACAAGUGAAUUGGAAUUUUUAUACUGAUUGCAAAGACGAUUACCGGCAACCGAGUCCGAGAAGCGUUGCAAGCCAACCGUCGCCAUUGUAUCCGUUGCUGCCGCAAACGGAGGAAGCUCUAAAGCUUCUGCGAGAAAUCGAUGGAAAUAUUGCCACUGAAGAACGAGGAUUUCGUGGAAAUGGAUUCGACUUGUUGCUGGAUGACGGCAAUUGUGGUGGAAGUUCAGUUGGCCGAGACAACAACAUGUCACAUAAUUUAAGGGAUGACCGACGGGCAUUAUUUUUCAACCAACAGUCAACAGGACCAACGAAUGGCAGUGAGCCGAAAUCCAGCACCGUGGAAGAACCGAUACCUUCAACCUCGUCUGCCUUUGACAACGGCAGGAUGCUGAAACGGCCGAGUUACAGUAUGAGUGGAUUUGGUAACAGCAAACCAAUCGCUAGCUCACUGGGAACUACCGGUCUUUACCAGGGUCAACCGCCAAGGAUCAUCGGCAGUUCCAGUGCUAAUUUUGGAGGACCCAAAAUCAUACACCACAAGAUAACGAUUGAACCCCAGAACGCCCCAGACAGUUCGAAAAUCACGAUUAGGCCUUCACCAACGAGUAGUACCGCAACGACGACACCAACCUCGACGGCACCGGGAAGCGGAACUCACCAACCGGUGGAAACACAAAUGCCCACCAAUCGGAACGGUGCCAGUAGUGGAGGCGGCAGUAGGAUUCCAUCCGGUGGAGGUACAAUCCCCGGCAGUAGUGCCACGAAUAAUAAUAAUAAUAAUAAUAAUAAUAAUAUGAAUAGUAAUAGUGUUAGUAAAAGUGCGAACCACAGCGGAAAUGUCGCGAAUAAUCAUCACAGUAGUGACCAAACGGGAACAGGAGGAGGAACAGCAGAUGGGGGAAGCAAAACUGUGUCUCGAUUUGCGACGGCUACUCAACAGUCGCUGGGAAAUUCCGUCGCCGGUGUACAGUUGACCCUCUACGGUUGGCGAAAAAAAUGCCUUUACUCGGUGAUACUGGUGCUGAUGAUUAUGAUUAUCAUUAAUCUGGCACUGACACUGUGGAUACUGAAAGUGAUGGAGUUUUCAUCGGACGGAAUGGGUCAGUUGAAGAUAGUUUCGGGUGGAAUUCAGCUUACGGGUCAGGCGCUAGUGUUGGACAUUUUGCGAGCUUCUUCGAUUCGUUCGAAACACGGCCAACCGAUAUCGAUAGAAUCAUCGCGAAACUUUAGUAUCAACACGCGAGAUUCCGAUGGCUACCUGGAAAACCAACUGUUUCUUGGUCACGAUCGGUUGGAAGUUUUGGCAAAUAACUUCCGGGUGGCGGAUACUCACGGAACCAGUUUGUUCUCGGUGGAUCGGGACGAAGUCAGCAUCGGUGCCACCUCGCUGAGGGUGGAAGGAGAAGGCGGUGUGAUCUUCAAGGAUUCCAUCCAAACGCCUCUGGUUAGAGCGGAAGCGGGAAAAGAUUUGAAGUUGGAAUCACCGACAAGGUCUCUGGAAGUACGUGCCACUCAAGAAAUAUUUAUGCAGUCACGUGCUGGCAGUAUAGAAGCUAACUGCCUCAACGAUCUCAAACUACACUCAGUGGCCGGAAGUAUUCGCCUGGAUGCCAGCAAUAUUCUGCUACCGAAUCUAAAAACCGUUCAACCUCUUUCAACUUCUGUGUCUUCUGGAUCGUUGCGAGAUCAUGGCGUCGGUAGUAGCGCAGCGUCCUCCUCAUCUUCCUCGACAUCGCACAGUAAAAUCUACCAACUCUGCGCUUGCUCCAACGGUAAGCUGUUCCUAGCUCCGGCCCACAGCAUAUGCGCUACCGACGACAGUGCCAUCUGUAGGUAAUAUUUGAUACGACUAGAUGAUUUGGCAGUUAGUAGCUGUGCAGUAGUAGCUUAGAGAUGUUUCACCUGUACGUUCUGCUCUUCUGUCGCUGCCCAUUUAGUAGAAAAAGUCAAUUUCUAGCUGAAAAUGAGGAAAUCAAAUCCAUCGUUCGUUAAAAUGAGCUUCGAGUGAAGAUGAUUUACUCGCUAACCUGAGUAGCCAGAACUAAAAGUGUACAGUUAGCUAGACAGUGUUGCCAUACGAAGAAACAUAGAUUAUUAUUAAAAGCCUGUAGCAGGGUUGGGUGAAAAGAAUAAAGACGAUUUCGUCAAUCAAUCAAUCAAACGAAAAAUAAUCCUAAGAGGUUUAUUUUGUGUGCAAUUAUUUUGUUUCCCUAAUCAGUAUGCAACACCAAACUGAAUCCAUUCGAGCAUUUUUACUUUAUUUUUUAUUAAAGUUAUUUAGUUUUACUCUGUACGGUUGCUUAAAUCGAGGAUAAACAAAUUAAAUUGAAAGACACUCCGCAGAGAAAUUAAAAUGUUAUAAUUAAUUUCACAUUAUCUCUCGUUAAAAUGCUCUGUUCAAGAAAAAUAGUUUGCAACGAUCUUGCAUCUAGCAUAAAUUUGGGGGUAAAAAACUUUUCUCCCUUCUAAUUAAAUUAAUGAUUCUUAAACAGUGUUAGACUCUACCCACCCCUUAAUUCAAACAAAGUGUUUAUCUCCAAAAUCAACAUUUUAAUGAAUUAGGUUUUUCGCUGAACUUAUUAUAUAUUGGUAAAAAUCUAUAAUCGUCAUACAUUUUACGA